AUGGGCGUGAAAGGAAAGUUGAUUGCUUCAAAGGAGGUGAAGUGUGGAGAACACUUGAUUCAUGACCUUUUUCUCACUAAUUCUCAUCAUAUACCCUACAUAAGUCCUAGUAAGAUCAACCGUAUUGAUAUUAAUGAAGGUGAAAUAGGAAAAAUUGGUACGAUUAUGAACUGUAGAUAUAAUGAAGAUGGUCAAGAAAAGAUUGUUAAGUAUGUAAUUGAAGCCAUCGAUCAUCACAAGAACUCGAUCAGUCGGAAAGUGAUUGAGGGAGAUUUGUUAGAGUUUUACAGUUCCUUUACAUUUGUAUCAUCUUGUCAACAUCAAUGGGCUACAUGGACAAUUGAGUAUGAAAAGAAAAAUGAAGACACCCCAGAGCCCCUCAUUUUUUUAGGUUUUAUUCUUGACAUGACCAAGGAUAUAGAAGCUCACCUUCUAAAGAAAUAG